AUGGAGAUGAUGGUUAUGGCUAUGCAACAACAGAAUGCCUACUUUGCUAGGAUGAAUGAUAAGAGAGUUGCAGCUAGUGUAGCAAGACCAGUUGGGUCACAGGAGAGUCGGGACUUGGCUGAGUUUAGGAAGUGUAGUCCUAUUCAGUUCAAAGGUGAUACAGAUCCAAAGGUAGCUGACCACUGGAUCUGUGAGAUGGAGAAGAUGUUUACAGUGCUGAGAUAUUCUAAGGAAAGGAAGUUGGCUUAUGCCAUUUAUAUGCUGGUUAGGGAAGUUGAGUAUUGGUGGAGGGGCACUCAUCAAAUGUUGGUUGCUAGAGGAGUGGUGGUUGAUUGGGAAUGCUUCAAGAGGGUGUUUCUCGAGAAGUAUUUCCUUGAGAGUGUGAGACAUUCCAAGGAAGCGGAGUUUAUAAAGUUGCAUCAAGGGAGCUUGACAGUCUCAGAUUAUGCGAUGAAGUUCGAGCAUUUGGCUCGUUUUUUUAUUCACAGGCUAUCUUUGAAGUCUGGAAGUGUAGAAAGUUUGUUGAAGAAGGUGGCAACCGGGUGGCGAAGACUAUUGAGGGACCAGCUGGGUCCAAGAGGGGUGGAGGUCAAAGGAAGCCUUAUGAUAGGCCCCAAUCACAACAAGGGGGGUCCUGUCACAAGGAAACAUACUGACACAACUAGGAGUUGGGGUCAGAGUGGAGUUGCUACUCUCAGAUGUUAUAGAUGUGGUGGACCUCACUUCAUUCGUGAUUGCCCUCAUACCAAUAGCAAGUGCUUUAGGUGUGGCCAGGUGGGUCACAUGUCGAUUAGUUGUCCUGUAGGUGCCAGACAGACCAGGAGUGCCCUGAGGGGUGAUAGAUCUACUGUAGCUGAGAGGGUGUUUACCUUGACCCGAGCCGAAGCUUCCACUUCAUCUGAUCUAGUGAAGGGGAAGGGUAAAUGA